AUUGAAUAUGGGCAGUAUUUUAUAUAUUGUUACUUAGAUUUGUGUGCAAGUGUAAGAAAUUCAGAAUUAACAGUUUAAGAUGCUUGUGAAAUCAUGUCAAUAGCAAUAGAUGAUAACGAAGUUGUUAUUCUUUAAGGAGAUAUUAGAGAAACAUAAAAUAAAAGCAUUUGUAUUGCAUAUUUAUUAAUGUUAUAGUAAAUGCUUGUGUUGAUCCUUAUAAUAAUCUUAUUCUAAAGUAAUGUAGAGUAAAAACUGAGCAAUGUAAUCAAUACUUUUAACAUAUAUAGUAAAAUUAGGUGCCCCUUAAUUAAUUUAAUUACCAAGAGGAAUCGUUAAAUCUGAGUAUAUGAUCAAUCUUAAGAUCAAUUUUGAUGAAUUCUCUAAAUAAGAUCUCAUUGAAGCUUUUGAAGAAAGGUAAUAAAAAAGAAUAUACUUUAAAGUUUUGAGUAAUUGUAUUUUUAAGAAAUUGAUUCCAUCUCAUAUUAUGAUUAAUGUGAAUAAUACAGUAAAGAAAUUUAGAUGAUAAAUUGUGAAUGUUUCAUUGAAGCCUUAAUAAAUGAACUUCAUAAUAAUAGACGAUCUAGAAAAUAUAAUAUAUAUCAUCCAAAUCUCAAUGUUUGUUUGAUGUACAAAAAUGAAUUUAAAUCUCAAUAUUCAUCAUAUUGCAGAGCUAAAUACUCUAUGAUUGAAUAAUAAAAUUUUAUAUAUGGAGAUGUUCUCUAAACAAUCCAUGAAGAAUUUACAGAAAAAAACUCACAGUUAGCUUUAUCAAUAACGAAAUAUUUCUAAAAUUAUCCAUAAUCUAUUGAAAAGAAAGAAAAUAUUGAAACUUUUGUUCCUAAAAUGACUGCUUUAUCUUAAAAUUGA